AUGCCGUGUAUCGACCAAAGAGAUCUCAGCUUGCCAAACGGCACACCUGUUGACACUUCUAGCCCAGCCUCCUCCUCAUCUCUUCUCAACAGACUGCAGCUGGAUGAUGACUUGGAUGGGGAAACGAGAGACCUCUUUGUUACUGUUGAUGAUCCCAAAAAACAUGUAUGCACAAUGGAGACAUACAUCACAUACAGGGUUACAACAAAGACCACACGAGCAGAAUUUGAUUUGCCAGAAUAUUCUGUCCGCCGGCGAUAUCAAGACUUUGACUGGCUGAGGAACAAGUUGGAGGAGUCUCAGCCAACACACCUCAUUCCCCCUCUUCCGGAGAAAUUUGUGGUGAAGGGUGUUGUUGAUCGCUUUUCUGAAGAAUUUGUGGAGACCAGGAGGAAAGCAUUAGACAAAUUCCUGAAAAGAAUCACUGAUCAUCCAGUGCUUUCUUUUAAUGAGCACUUCAAUGUGUUUCUCACAGCCAAGGAUCUUAAUGCUUACAAAAAACAAGGAAUGGCAUUGCUGUCAAAGAUGGGGGAGUCUGUCAAAUAUGUCACAGGAGGCUACAAACUAAGAAGUCGUCCACUGGAGUUUGCAGCUAUUGGAGAAUAUCUAGAUACGUUUUCUCUAAAGCUUGGUACGAUUGACAGAAUAGCACAGCGGAUUAUCAAGGAACAGCUGGAAUACUUGGUGGAACUACGAGAAUAUGGACCUGUUUAUUCAACCUGGGGUGGGCUGGAGGUUGAACUGGCAGAGCCACUGGAAGGGGUAUCUGCCUGCAUUGGGAACUGCUGCACAGCCCUUGAAGAACUCAGUGAGGACAUGUCUGAAGACUUCCUGCCUGUGCUUAGGGAAUAUAUACUGUACUCGGAAUCGAUGAAGAAUGUGUUGAAGAAGAGAGACCAAGUUCAAGCAGAGUAUGAAGCAAAACUGGAAGCAGUAGCUUUGAAAAAAGAAGACCGUCCAAAGGUACCCACAGAUGUUGAGAAAUGUCAAGACCGAGUAGAGUGUUUCAAUGCUGACCUGAAAGCAGAUAUGGAGAGAUGGCAGAACAACAAGCGACAAGACUUUAGGCAACUACUCAUGGGGAUGGCGGAUAAAAACAUCCAGUACUACGAGAAGUGCCUUACAGCAUGGGAGUCGAUUAUACCACUGUUGCAAGACAAGCCAGAGACCAAAUAAGAAGUACCUUCAUGGACAGUCUAGAACCUUUGUGCUCAGUACCACUAGACAUACUGGAACUGUAUGAAGGACUCUCUUUUUUUUCUGUCAAGUUAACUGAAGUGCCAGCUGUGUUUAGGCUGGAACAGACCUUCUGAAAACUAUUUGAAUUUCUUCCUCAUUGUCUAUGUUUAAACUUGGGUAUGUUUCAUCUUUUUGAGUUACCUUGAGUGGUUCCUUCUCCAUCCUAUGGAGUGAUCCUGGGCUCAUAGUGAAAGUGCACAGGGAUCUCAAUAAAACUUACCUCUUUAGUCUGGAAGGAACUGAUGAGUGGAACACUAAAAAGAUGAAAAUAAACUCUACUGCAAGGUGCCAAAUGACAUCUUUAUUACCAUUCUGGGUUUUUUUUUUUUUUUUGCUUUAAAAAAGUUAUUCCCAUGAUGCAAUACUCCUUAACCACUCCUUAUCUGUUUUUUGGGUGGAGGCUGGAAAAGAAUAUUUUCUCUUUUGCUGCCACCUGUAUGGUCCUUGUAGAUAAAAUGACUUGUUUGGACUUUUUUGUGGGGGAGUUGGGUUGGUUCUAGAUAGAACAUACUGACACCACCUGCAGAAAGCUUGUGAUGCAAGCAUGAACUGUGGUUUUUGUGAAUGUGGCAUGUUGUUGGUUCAUACGGAAUAUCUUUGUUUACCUUGGUGAUUAUGAAGUAAUGUCAGUAGGCUGAAGUGUACUUGUGACUGACUUGGGGAUCAAAAUAGGGCCUAGGUGUGGGAGUGAGUUAAACAGCAGCCUCUCAAGGCUUCUGGGAAUGAUGGAAGCAAGGAUGAGUCUUUAUAUAUUUUUUUUUUCUAAAGCUAGCUCUGAAAGUUACAUUGCAGAAUAUUCCUGAUCCAUGUUUAAAUUUUUUUUCUGAAUUAGAGCCUCUUUGGGCUUGGUCACCGAAGGUGCCUGCUGUAGUGAAGAUUGAACUUUGCUUUCUCUCUCAAUUCUUUUGUAGCAGCCAAAAAGUGUCAAGUGCUUACUUACACCAAGCAUCAUCGCGUGUGUGAAACUUGCCUUAAACAAGGUCAGUGAGAUUUAGUAGGGGUAAUACCUUAUUUUUUCCCUGUAAGGUACAUAGAGUGUUCAUACCUGUCUGAGCCACAUGGCAAUUCUCUUGAGACUUCUUUUGGUACAGAUCUGUUUUCCUGUUAAGUUUUUGUUGAACUUAAAUGGAACUGUUUCUGUAAGUCCCUCCUCUCCCUUUAUCUUACAGCCCAGCCUCAGGUAACUGCCUCCGUGUUGUUAUUGGCCUUAGGUACCUUCUAGAGAAUGUAAUGCUGCCAUGAUGGAUGUGAGAUCCUUUUGAAUUUACAGCAUGCGGAUAAUUCUGGGCUAAUGCUUUUCAUCUGUAGGACGUGAGGAGAGAGUAACAUCAGGAUUUAGGGGAAUAAGUAGCUUUGAAUGGUUACUGCUAAACUUUUAAGUGAUUACUUGAUCUCUUGCGAAGUACCUGAGCGCGGUAGUUGGAAAUGUCCAACUCUUAUGUUAUCCGAUGAUGAUGUAUCAAAUACCACUUUGGAUUUUGUCCUUAAAUGCUAAAUAUGUCUGAAGCUCCCCUGCUCAGCUUGGAGGCGUUAUAGCAACUGUCAAGAUGAGUUGUUAUUGCAGUGUGGUGGCUGUCAGGCUAAUGUGGUGGUGCUCCCUGGGGGGGAGAAAUCAUGUUUAAGGCAUUUAAAGGGGUUUUCGUAUUUGCCUCAACUUACAUUUAGUUCCUCAACAGCUUUGGGGUACUAAACAGAAAUUACACUUUGUGGUUUAAGCUGCCAGUUUUUCAUACGCUUACUUGGUGUAACAUGGAACUCUGCUUUAGGUUGCUGUUAGGUGUAGACCAACCAACCACUCUUGCUAUUCAAAGGGAAUGCUUAAAGGGAUUAUCUGGAAACAGAAACCCAGUAUUUUCCUCUGUUCUUCUUCCCUUCUAAAAUAAAUUCUUGUAAAUGCAUAUUAUUAAUCUGAACACCUCAAGGUUACAGUCAGUAGACCAGCCAUGUUCUUAGCUCCAGUGCUCAUAAGAUACUGUUACCAAAGGGUAGUCCUGCCUUCCCUCUUUCCCACAAACUGAGAUCUUUAGGUUUUUUCUUAGGAAGCUUUUGUGACCUGAUUUCUUUCUGUGAAAUUGAAUUUCCCAGUUGACUCUGCAUCACUGAGAGUCAAGUGAAACUUAAUUUGAACUAAUAUUUAGACAUUGUUCCCUCUACGCCAUCAAAAAGGAGUGCAGGAUGAGUGGAAAAAAUGGUUGUUUUUUUUUUAACAGGUGAGUAGAUUGUCUGAUGCCUUACAAAUAUUUCAGCCUUAUUCUCCCUCAGCUAUGAGUCAAAACCGAAAUGGGUUGAGCUUCUGGGGAAGCUAGUACUGGACAGUGCAGCUGUAUGUGAGGAGCAUGAUGGGGAGUCCCAGGCUAAUUGCGGGGAGUCCCAAGCUAAAUUUAGGUCAACAAGCAACUAUUUCUGCUGGAGCUGCUGAAGCGCAGUUCACGUCUUCUGUAAUCUGAGACCACUAAUUCUGCAGUCUGACUCUUUAACUACUACUUGACCAAGUUAUGUUUUCAUCUCAGAUAAAUUCCUUUCUGGCAAAGCUGUUGAGAGGCAGGCAGACUUUUUUUGCCUGCUGAAGUAUGUGGCUCUGUGGCACCUACCAAGUUAAUCUGGAGGGAAGGCUGGAACAUUUACCUCAGGCUGUGGCCUCUAAUAGGAUUUUUUUGGAUGACUGGAAAAAGCAAAACCUCUCAAACCUCUUCAUGGGAAGUAAAACUUAACAUUAAAAAGAAGAGUCCUCGGCAAGAGUUGUAUGGAAGAGUGUGAAGCAGUGGGUCUCUUAGCCCCUAUGGGUACUGAGGAGUCUCCUUAUUUAAAAAAAAAAAAAAAAAAAAAGGCUCUGUAAACCACUGGAUUACAAGGUUGGGGGGAGAACCCUGACUUUGAGAUUUGGUACAGCAGGGCAGAGUGGGUAAGCUACAAACGGGCAAGAAACUCCUUUAAGAUAUAAAGGGUGCACUUAACCUCCCAGUAACAGCAUUAACUGAGGUCAGACUGAGCUGCUAGUGAACCUCUGAAACGCUGAUCUUGUAAUCCUUUGUUGUCUGUAUUUGAAGGGCCCAAAUGUUAAUGAUGAAAAGCAAAAGAUUUUGUGGAAGGGAAGUGGAGACAUGAGUAGUGCAGGAGCUUCAUCUUUGAGUAACUUGAGUGUGCUGUCACUUAGGGUCACCUUCUCUGCAUACAGUAAAAUGGCAUCAAAAGUAGUUGCCCUUCCUAUGAGCCUAUGUAAAAUACAGGUCCUUAAACACUUAAUGUAGCCCAAUCUUCUUUUUAAUCCACAGGCAGACCAAGUUUUAUCUCAAAGAAUGCAUAAUUCACUGCUGUCCUGGUUACUUGCAUGCUGUUUCUAGGAUUGUUUGUUUCUUCCUCAGUGGGUACUAGCACAAUAAAGCAAGCGCUAAGAUCCUGUUUUCAUGCUCAGUUAUGAACUGUGUUGUUCAUACAUACCACCUUCAGAUUCCGACUGUUGCAAUAAACGUAAAACAUUAAAACACCAUGAUGGUUUUUUCAGGUAUCCAUUGAAAAAUAAAAUGGUGUUAGGUGUAGCCUUUAAGGGCAUUAACUCCUCAAACAUGGGUUGCAUCAAAGAAUAAACUAAAGAUUCUUCCAUGCAGUCUGUUUUCGCUUUUUUUUUUGUCACAGCGACACUUGUGCUAGGGAUAGAGCAGUGGAACAAAUGAUAGAAAGGAGCAAAAGCAAAGUGAAGGUGCUGCAGAGGGCCUUGGAGGAGUGGCUGGGCCAGCCUGUGCAUGGUGUAUAUUGCCUCAGGUGUCAGUCCUGCAGACACCAACAUACGAAAAAAUUCCAGCCCCACAGGGACUGUUCCAUGUUUUAGUAACAGCCUUUUUUUGUUAAAACUUACUCAUUCCUCAAUAAAUUGUGCAUGUUUAAUGUUGCAGACUUUUAAAAUCUAAGAUACUGGUGCUUAUGACCACUGUGUGCAAAAUGUGGUAGGUAGACAUGAACUAAAGUAGCUCAGUAGAUGUUCAGCCUCCUUUAAGGUAAAACAGUCUGUCCCAUGAUAUAUAACCUUUUACUACACUAACCAAUGAGGGGCUUGCUAGUAUUGUUAAAAUACUUUUGACAAUAAAACUGGGGACUAUAGGAAUAAACUCCUUGUCUUUGGGGAUAUGAAGGUUGCAUUUAAACUUUUUUAGGGUGCUAUUUAACCAAUUUUUGAGGAAUCAAAUGGAUGUCUUUCCAUCUACAUCUGCCAAUUCUACACUUGGCGCAAUGGAGUAUUGUCAGUGUAUCUGAUGCACAGAAGCACUCUAUCAUGAGCUGGACUAGUCUUAAGGUUGCUUGGCUAAAGCGUAUUACUUGUCCAAAGAGUAAUGCACUUUCUGGGAAGGCUUAUAUUACUCUUGCGUAGAUGAGUUGCCAAAACUCUAAAAGCUAGGAGCUAUCUGAGCCUACUUUGAAGGCCUUGGUACUUUACACUUUGAAGCUAAACCACGUUGUUAACUCUGCUGCAGGUAUGCAUAUCCACACCUUCAGAUUUGUGUGCAGGGUUGGAGCCAGUGCCAUUUUCCCACCAGCCAAAGGGAUAGAUAUUUUUGUUACAGUAAUGAACAACCAGGGGUGUUUCUGUCUUUAGUAUAAGAAAAUAGUGCAGCUCCAUUCUUUUCUUCCCUACAUACCUGCAUCCAUCUGCCCUCGCUUAAGUUUUGGAGAGCUGUGCCAUGUGCAUGAAGGCAAGCUUGCUUUGACCAUGUUAGUGCCCAUUAUGUUCAAGACAUCAGUACUGAAGAUUGAAACGUUGCUUGCUCAUUGCAUAAGCUGUGUACUACUUUUGACCUGUGUAAAACCUGCUCACUGGAACGUGUUCACUUCACAUACUGCAGCCACCCUCAUACCAUUUAAAAACAAAAAUGCAAGCUGUGAAAAGACUUGUCUUUGUGUGAACUAGCAAGUAAAUGAUUAAAUGAUAUAAAAAUGGGAAUGAGGCUUUUGUUUCAUGUACUCAACUAAAUCUAACAACUAUACUCUUGUUCAGACUAGCAGGUUAUGAAAUGUUGUCUUGAUUUCUGGUGCUGGCAUGCUUCUAUUCCCUUUCAUGUAUCUCUGUAUAAAUAUACUUUGUGCAUUGUUUACUAUGGAACUAGUACUGAUGGAGAAAAACACUGAGGUAAAAUUGUUUGUAAUGCUCUAUUAGUGUGUACAUUUUUUUUUAAAAAAAUGCACCAUUUCUUUACCUCAAUUAAUUUAAUGGAAUGGACCAAUAAAUGUAUUAAA